AUGGAGCUACUUCGAUUAAGUUCUAGUCAAAUGGAAUUCACAUACAAUAAAUAUGAAAAUAUGCAAUCUGGCAUCUUUAUUUACAAUGAUACACUCACUCCCAUUGCUUAUAAAGUACUAUUUACUUUAUUUUUAGUUUAAAGCAUCAAAUCGAAAUAUCUUUUUAGUCAGACCACCAUUUGGGAUAGUUUAGCCUAAAUAAAAUUAACUAAUAAGUGUCACACUUCAUUGUAAAGUUUUUGAAAAUACUUCUAUCAAUGAAUUUAAUGAAAAAUUAUUAUUGAUUUCUGUACCAAUAUUCUCUGGAAUCUAAGACCCUACACCCCUUUUCAAAGAUUCAACUAGAAAAUUUGAAAAUUAAAGAAUCAAUAUUGUCAUCUAAUCUGUUGACAGAAAGAUUAUUUCAUAAGUUGGUGGAAGUGCUAAUUUAGUUUUUUAGUCACUUCAUAAAUAGAAUAGUUAAUUAGAUUUGUAAAAUUCUCCCAAUGAACCUAAAUUUGAAGAAAACAGAUUCAAAGCUCAAUAAUUUUAAGCCAGAAAUGAAGCACUUCUAUAAGAAAUUGCUUAAAAAGAACAAUAAUUAGUAUUAUUUGUUAUUUAAACCAAAGUUAAAUUUACAAAAGACUCAUGGUGUUUCAUUUGAAAAACUUGAAAAGGAACCUAUUAAGAAUACUAAGGACACUGUGCUUCUUAUUAUUGUGAGUAUUCUGUCUUUUUUCAUUGUUUUGCGAUAUUUUGAUUUAAUAAAUAGAAUUAUACCAAGAUGA